GGAGGGGUGCCUGGGGCUUUUGAGGCGCAUCUGCGCGUUCAUGGCUCCGGGGGUCACACCGUCUCCAGACAGCUGUGCAUGAGGACUGCAGCUGCUGCUCUCCAACCACAAGACUGAAUGGGACGGGGCAGAAAAAGUGUAUGACUUCAUUAAAUUGAAGGUGUUGUUUUAAAAGGCUGUAGCUUGUUCAGAAGCGUCCACUGGGCAUGCUCAAUGGAAGAGGCAGCAGGGCUCGGUGUGAAUAACAGGCAGUGAGUUGGGGCGUUUUUUGGAGGAGGCAUUGUCGCCCUCUCAUCUUUGAUUUUCUUUAUUUGAUCUCGAAGGAGCACUGAUGUGAACGUUUUCUCUCAAACAGAAUGCGGGGUAUUUGUUUGUUGCUAAGGCGUGAGUGACAGGAGGCAGAGUCUCCGAGGUGUCUGCUGAGACAAAGACCUGCUGGUUUCAGCGGUGGCGUCAGAACGCAGAGAGGGAGCGAGAUGAGCCGGUGAAGGAGGUGGGUCUGUAGGCAGCAGCAGCAGCAUCAGGACCAGGCGCUGUCCGCUCAGCACCACCGCAGUCACCUUGCUGUGAAAGUCAGAAACCCUGCAUCUGAUCAAAACACCUCCACCUGCUGAAUCCGACGAGCCUGGAAGAAAGCUGUUGUUUUAUCCCGGCGAUGUGACGUCUAUUUCUAAUGUGAUCCCAUUGGCUGCUAUCGGCUUGGAUUUCGACCCUUACACGAAAAGUCUCAUUUUAUUUUUUUAUUAUUAUUAUUUUUAAAUAACCAAUUUCAGAUAAUCCAGGUGCGUGCAGGUGCAGGGCUUUUAAGAAGGGAAUGUAGCGCGGUGCGUGUCAAACAGCACCCCACGUCUCCAACUUACACCAACAGGCUGCUUCGUGCGUAAAAUUAUUCCCGCGAGUCUGAUCGGGCGCGCCUAAAGGCUGACCUUUCGCGAUGAUGAGGGGAACUUAUUGGAGAAAUGCCUAAGGGACGCGAUGGGCCUGAGCGACGACAAGGAUCGCAUUGUGAUCAACGUGGGAGGGAUCAGACACCAGACGUACCGCAGCACCCUGCGCACCCUGCCCGGCACGAGGCUCUCCUGGCUGGCCGAGCCUGACGCGCCCAACCACUUUGACUAUGACGAAAAGAUCGAGGAGUUCUUCUUCGACCGCCACCCGGGCGUUUUCGCGCACAUCCUCAACUACUACCGGACAGGUAAGCUCCACUGCCCGGCCGACGUCUGCGGGCCGCUCUAUGAGGAGGAGCUGGCCUUCUGGGGCAUCGAUGAGACCGACGUGGAGCCGUGCUGCUGGAUGACCUACCGCCAGCACCGGGAGGCGGAGGAGGCCCUUGAUAGCUUCGGCGGCGGGGGUCUGUUAGACCUGGGGAGCGAGGACCCGGAGCCUGAGCCGGAUCACGAGGAUGAUGAUGAGAUGACAAGGAGGCUGGCUCAGGGGGACACGCAUGACACCAGGACUGGCAGCCUGUGGAGCCGGUGGCAGAAACGGGUGUGGGCCCUGUUCGAGGACCCCUACUCUUCGAAAUAUGCAAGGUGGAUAGCUCUGGCCUCAUUGUUCUUCAUUCUGGUGUCCAUCACCACCUUCUGCUUGGAGACCCAUGAAGCCUUCAACCCGAUCAUGAACCGCACCGAGGAGGAGCUGGUGGGCAAUGAAACGGUGGUGAGCACCUACCAGGAGACCGAGACGGCCAUCUACCUCACCUACAUCGAAGGCGUUUGUGUGGUGUGGUUCACGUUUGAGUUUCUAAUGCGAAUAACUUUCUGCCCGAAUAAAUUUGACUUCAUCCGAAACGCGCUGAACAUCAUCGACUUUGUGGCCAUCCUGCCCUUCUACCUGGAGGUGGGCCUCAGCGGUCUCUCCUCCAAGGCGGCUAAAGACGUGCUGGGGUUCCUGAGAGUGGUCCGCUUCGUGCGGAUCCUGCGUAUCUUUAAGCUGACCCGUCACUUCGUAGGGCUGCGUGUGCUGGGCCACACUCUGAGGGCCAGCACCAACGAGUUCCUGCUCCUCAUCAUCUUCCUCGCUCUAGGUGUCCUCAUUUUUGCUACUAUGAUCUACUACGCCGAACGCAUCGGAGCCAAUCCCAACGACCCGAGAGCCAGCGAGCACACGCAGUUCAAGAACAUCCCAAUUGGAUUCUGGUGGGCCGUGGUGACCAUGACGACCCUUGGCUACGGAGACAUGUACCCGCAGACGACCUUUGGUAUGCUAGUCGGAGCCCUGUGUGCCCUGGCAGGCGUCCUGACCAUUGCCAUGCCCGUCCCUGUGAUUGUCAACAACUUUGGAAUGUAUUACUCUUUGGCCAUGGCGAAACAGAAACUACCAAAGAAAAAAAACAGGCACAUCCCUCGGGCGCCCCAACCAGGUUCUCCUAACUACUGUAAGUCCAGCAUCAGCUCCCAGCAUCCAAGCCCCAUACCCCAUGACGAUGUCUUUGAGAUCAAAUUCCAAGACUCCAAACUGAAUGGUGAGGCAGCAAACGCAGCUCUGGCCAACGAAGAUUGCCCACAUAUAGACCAGGCCAUAUCUCCAGAGGAAAUCUUCAGCCCCAGUGAGAGAGAGCGGCCCUGCUUCUUGGUCACCACCGCCGAACGUCCCAACCACACAGGGGGCAGAGUGAAGAGGGAGACCCAACGACAGCACCGGAGCAGACAACCAACAGAAUCAGUUUGUGUCAUGAACCAUGGUGUACCAACCACUAUGUGUAUGACCCAUAAUGGCCCAUCACCCACUUGAUAGUGCAGUAGCAUUUUUGUUUGUUUGUGCGUGUAAAACUUAGUAUUUUUGAAAUGGGUGUGACAGUGACAACCUGUACAUCACAAACUCAGCAUAGAUGUAGCACUGAGGAAGUUUUGUUGUCAAGCCUUAUGUAGAUCAGUAUUUGUGACUGGUUACUGUGUUGUAAUUUGUGUGCCUAUUUUUAUUUAUUUGUUAUGUGUGUGUGCCAGUGCUGUAAAUACGCCUUUUUUAUGUGUGUGCUGAAGUUGUGUGUACCAAUGUUUUUGAGAGAUCAUCAAAUAUUUGUGUGCUUCUUGUGCUGAAAAAAAAAAAAUGUUGCUCCGAUUUUAGUCACACCCCUUUUAGUGUAAACAAACAAAAAAAAAAUAGAAGUAUCACUUGUCUCGUCAGCCAGACCUAACAGAUGACAACAAAUGGUUAACUUUGCACUGUCACGGUCACAGUUUUGUAGUUUUGCGCUGUUUUGCACCAGUGAACUUUUAACAUUCCUUUGGUAUGUUUUCUUAGGCAUCCUAGAGAUAAUAUCCACAAAAGGUUGCACUAAGACAAAUAGGGUAAUUUUUCAAUGAAGCACCACUCUUACCUUGUUAUGAGGGUUUAAAAGGGAUAGUUCAGACCUUUUGAGGAAGAGUUCUGUGUUAAAUAAUUUAUGUUUUACUUAUAGGUACUAUAUUUAUGCACGUGUAAUGUGAAAAAUGUAGCCCCAAUAAACAUCCAUAGUUAGAGGUUUGUGUUAUACAAAAGAAUAAUUUUGACCCAUUUUCUGCUAAUGUAUUUUGACAAUAAAUUUCUAUAUUUUCUUCUAAUUGGAAAAUUGCGUUGUGGGGGAUAAAUCAUCAGAAUUUCUCCCACUGUAGAAUAAGUCAUGCAUAGCUGAGGCUCUUUUUGUUGGAUGAGGAGUCAGAGGAGGAAAAACUUGUAUUUUUCUUAUUCUUCCAGGCCGACACUAAAUAAGAACUUGUUCUUAGUGUCUUGCCUGGUAAAAUAUAGGUUACAUGAAAUUAAAAAAAAAAUAACUAAAUUGUUAACUGUGGAGAUGGAAAGGUGUGGACAUCAGUUCCACAAUCGAAUAUUUGAGGACCAGAUGAGCUGCUCCUCGAAACAGAGCAUAAAAAAUCCUAUGUAUGAAAUUAGUGGUUAUAAACAUGAGGAUUCGAUUUUUUCAUGCUUUUUAAGCUAAAAAAAAAUAGGGGAUGUUGCAUUAGACUGGAAUCGCAUAAAUAAAAAAUUAUUUGAAGAAAUAGAUUUUAAUUCUGACCAAACUGUCACGCUAAAAGCUAGUCUGAGUGUGGCCAAGACCAAAACAGAUUGCUGCCAAGCUAAAACUCCAGUCUCAAAGACUUUAACGCUACUUUAGAAACUUUUACAUUGAUGUCUACUUCCCAUUCCAGCAGAAAUAUUAAAUUUUCUGCAUCAGAAGCUCUACAGCAUCAAUAGCUUCUGUUGCUGCUGUCUGCUUACUUGCAAAUAACCUUGUAAUACAAAAACUGGUAGCAGUGUAAAUAUUUAUAAAACUGCAUAUACAUAAACCCCUAUAAAGUCUUUGAGUUGAGAUUUUUCUUUUAAGACACAAGCCGUCCACUUUGUUUGUGGUCCCACUUGAACUAGACAACAGCUUGUCAGUGCAGUCAAAAUUAAAUUUUUUCCAAACUGUUUUUUUUUCUCCAGAAGCUACAUUUCAGGGAGCAAAGUAUUUGGCCACACCAGACCGUCUUUGUUUUGAAAUAGAAACAUUUUAUUAUGGAGGUCGGCCCCUUUUAUUCAGCUUUGCCAGCUUACACUGUUCUUAGAAAGCUUUUCACAAGUUUUGGGGAUUUUUCUGUGGGAAUUUGUGCCCAGGCUUGUGCACUGAAGCACAGUCAUGUUGAAACAGAAGGGCAUGCCCCCAAAAUGUUUGUUUAAAAUGUAACAAUGUGUUGAGACAUCAUUUUGGAUGAAAUCCUAACCCUGACUGAACCAGUUGAAUUCAACAUUUACCAGGUGUGGCGAAACACUAUAAUGUCCAGAUCUUUAACAGGCAUUGAUUGUUCACAGCCUCUCAGAACCUACUUUAAAAAGUCUGAACUGUUCCUUCAAGAUAACAAGCUGCCAUGAAAAAUAAUUAUUAAAAAAGUCAUUCACACAGUUAAAUGUGUGCUUUGAUAUAAAAGUGGUUUAUGCAUAAAAUAUACAGUACCAUUCCAUAUUUUUGACCUUUUUAAUCUAAUUAUGCAGUAGAGUAGUAUUUUUAUUGACAAUCAUGUGUACUUGGAUUUUGUUUUCAUGUACAUAUGAGCAUUGAUGUAAUAGUAUGUAAUGCCAACGAUGGCCAAAUCAUUUUCACCAAACUGGACAAGUGCCUCUGAUAUGCAAUUUCCUCACAACCUUUAGGAGACUAGACUACAAGACACCUAAUGAUCAAUAAAUUUCAUCAUUAGUCACCAGCCAUUAUAAACAUUAGUUUUGUACUCAAAGGCAUACGAAAUAAUAAGCCCACCCCCCAAUGUGAAUCACUUCCUAACAUCAAGCAGUGAGCGUUACUAAUUACAAAACUAAGCAUCUGGAUCUUGUUUGUGUAGAAAAGUUAGCGAGAAGGGACCAACUUUUUAAACCAAACAACUGCAAACACACUGCCAACACCUUCUGAAUGCAGUCGAUCACAGAUGAUUUUAGCCUGCCAGUAGAGAUGAGCACAAACGGGGGGACAGUAUGCUGGUCAUUGUUCAACAACAACAACAAUAACAAUAAUAAUAAUAAUAAUAAUAAUAACAAACAAUAACUAAAUAGAUGCAGCAGCUGUUAUUGUGGACAGAACAAAAAAAACAAGGCAAGAAAUAUGUGCCGUUUAGCGAGAUAUUAGUGUGUGUGUUUUGAACACCGUGCAAAUUGUGGUUAUUUAUCUCAGUGAGGUGUUCAGUGGUCUUUUUGAUUAAUUUGAUGUUUAGAGAUUUAUUUUAAUAUUAUUAUUAUUUCUUUUUUGGUGGUGUCUUUUUUGACAGAUACAAUUCAGACUUGUACAAUAAAUAGUGAUAAAUAAAAAACACAAAUAAUCAGGUU